CGCCGCCUCUCUUCCUCGCCGCCUCUUGCCGCGCGGUGGACGCGCAGCCGGAGCGCCCCGGUGCUUUUCGGGACUCGGAGGGUUUAGUGUGACAUCAGCGCGCUGCCGGCAGAGCUGCCGUAGAAGACGCGGAGUUUUGAGCGGAGGAGGGACGGAUAGGGAGGAUGCUGCAGCCGCUGCCUCCAUCCUGGACCAGCCGGACCGCCCCUCAGGCUUCCUGAGCGCGGAAUCCUGCAGGAGUCUCACCACCUCAGACCCGAGCGGCGCCCCGCUGGCUCUCCGCUCUCCUGCGUCUGGCGCUCUUCCUCUGCGGGACCCACCGCGCUGUUUCCUGCGUUUGUCCCGGAAUUACGUCGAACGCGUCCCCGAACCGAAGCGACUGCGGGGUUCGGGUGGUCUCCAUGAUGCUGACGGGCCCUGGGAGGUGCCGCCGGCGCCCGGGCGGGGCUGUCCUGUGCCUGGUGUCCGCCUACCUGCUGGCCCUGCUGCUGCGCCUGCCGGAGGCUGGGGCGUCCUACCAGCCACAGAGCGGGGAGUGCAAAGGCAAAGGCAAGGAGUGCUCAGAUGUGUCAGAGAAGAAGAGCGACCUGAGGGUCUGCGACGACUCCACCUGCCGAUACGGAGGCGUCUGCAGGGACGACGGCGCUCAGCUCAAAUGUGUCUGCCAGUUCCAGUGCCACAAAAACUACAUCCCUGUGUGCGGCUCCAACGGAGACACCUACCAGAACGAGUGCUACAGGCGGCAGGCGUCCUGCAAACAGCAGAGACUCAUCUCCAGAGUCCACGACGGGCCCUGCUCCACCGAUCCUGGUUCUGGUUCAGGAGACGGAGACGAUGAAGAAGGCUCGGCCUCAGACGUUGGGAAGAAGUUCACCAAGUGCAGCACGUGUAAAUAUGGAGCCGAGUGUGACGAGGACUCGGAGGACGUCUGGUGCAUAUGCAACAUCGACUGCAGCGGCCACAACGAGAACCCGGUGUGCGCUACGGACGGAAACUCCUACAACAACCCCUGCCUGGUGCGAGAGGCGUCGUGCAUGAAGCAGGAGCAGAUAGACGUCAAACACCUGGGACGGUGCCUCGCGGAUAAAGAAAAACUGGUAAAGAAGGACGACAGCAGCCCCUUCAAAGUCAGGAUCUUAGAAACCACAGGUCCGGACCAGGGAGAGGGUUUCUACGCCGGGAUGCCCAUCCCCUGCGCCGACAGCUACGCCGGCUUCUGCGUCCACGGGAAAUGUGAGAUCAAGUUCAACAUGGCCACCUGCCGGUGUGACGCGGGAUACAAAGGUGCUCAGUGUGACGAGCCGCAGGACUUCAACAUCCUUUAUGUGGUUCCCAGCGGACAGAAGCUGCACUACGUCCUGAUCGCAGCCAUCAUCGGCGCCGUGCAGAUCGCCGUCAUCGUCGCCGUCGUAAUGUGCAUCACCAGGAAAUGUCCGAAGAACAACCGCGGCCGCCGGCAGAAACAGAACCUCGGCCACUUUUCCUCGGACACUAACUCCAGGAUGGUAUAGCCCGGCGUGGCCAGGGCUGUCUUUGAUAAGUAUUUUUCUUAAAAGGCGGGAAAGCCACUUUUUUUAAACGUAAGCGGAUAUUUCUUUUCUCCUGGGAAAAAAAAACAAUAAAAGAAGAAUACAAAUUUUUAUUUAAGAGGCCUUAUUUUUCCUCUUUUUUUUUCUUUUUUUUUGCUGUGAAAUAUAAUUUUUUCCCCCCCCAAGCAGCAGAAUCAACGCCCCCGGCUCUCCGUUACAUCCGCCUGCCCCGGUUGAAUGCGUUACGGUAAACUAACAGAGCAAUGUGAUAUUUAUUUAACUUUUUUUCCAUCUGUUCUGCUCCUUGCUAUUAAUGUGAAGCUGAUCACCAAAUGUAGUUAUUUUAAUUUCUGUUUUCUUUCUUUCUUUUUUGCGAGAAGGCGUCAGCCAUUCCAAUAAAAUUGUUUACAGUUAUUCUUGGUGUAAAAAAUCAGUUUUAAGGCUUCGGUUAAACUGAGCUAAUAAUUUAUAAUUAUCAUCAUUUCUACGGUAGUUUCUACGCGGGCUUUUUACGUUUGAUUCUGACCUGUACUUCCUGUAAAUUAGCAUGACUUGUGAAAACUGUGUACCGUGGUGUAGUUUAAACUUUUUACCAGGAAUCGUUACCGGACUCUCCGUCAGGCCCGUCCUCGUCCCGGUCCCAGAAAGUCCGCCUGGCUAACGGAGGACCCUGCGGUCGGUGUUAAAAUGAUGAAUGUGGCAUUUUUUGGAGACACACAAGGACCUACAAAGGACACGUGGACAUUUAUUUAAUGGCUACUAGGCUGGAAUGUUUUCUUGCAUCCUUGUUGGUGUAACCAGGAGGUAGAAGAUUGUAAUGAAGGACUUUUUGUCGGCAUUUCAAGUAACCGCAGGACUCCUCGGUUACGGAUAUAGAAAAGGUUUAGGGUCUCCUUUGAAUGUUGUAAAGAACUUUUUUUAUUUUAAUCUGACACUUUCUUCUCUGUGACACAUUCCAAGCACAUGGGAAUCCAUUGGGAAGUUCACAUGUUUCACGUAUUGCGUAGUGGAAUAGGUGAAACGCGCUCUACCGUCGCAGCGGCUCCUCCUGCUGGCGUGAGCAGGAAUAAAAACGUGUCUUCAAGAUGUUAGUGGUGUGCAGGUGACUUACUGCCGUUUGACUUUUUCCUUUCUCCUUUUGUCGUGUUAACGUUUUAAAGUCUUGAGGCCAGCUCUUGGUUUCCGUGUCGGUAUGUCUGUAAAGAUCCAGCUGAUGUAAAUCAUUGUCCUUUUUCAUGUUGUUCCCAAUAAACAGAAGUCAACCAAG